AUGAAGCUCCUUUUGGACUUUUUUCAUGACGAGUUAUUCUCCAAUACUGAACAUAUCAAGUUGCAACAUCGAGUCUAUAAAGAAUUCGAGCAUCUCGUUACUUCCUGCUUCGUCAUUCAAAACUCAAACCUGAUAGAAAUACCACAAUUUAGCUAUAGACUGAGUCAUAAGGAAUCAAUAGAGAAAUGUAUUGUCUUUUUAAUUCAAAAUAAGCUUUUCAAUAACGUUUUAUGUUAUGGCUAUGAUCUAGGAAAAGGUAAUCAAGUGAAUAAAAUAUUACACUGUAAUAGUACUAAUGGUAAUGCGCUUGACAUUAAAGGUCCCGUUUGGGAAUUACUUGGCAAUAUUAUUGGCAGGGAAAAAUUUAUAAACCUAUUGAUAAAUUGUUCAGUGUUUCAACACAAUAGGGGAACAUUCAUUCAAAUCAUUGGAAAUAAAUUCAAUAGACCUUAUUCUAUAGCAUCAGAAUUGCAAAAAGAGAGAAGUGAAAAAGUAACUUUUCCAGUGACUUUCACAAACAAAAGUUUUCUUCAUAAGCGUUCACAUGCUUCUCCAAAGUUUAACUUUUUAGCUCCAGAUGACAAAAUUGGAGCUCUCAGAAGCUCUAUUUUUGCUUUAAACCAAACUAAACUGUCUAAAGAAUUAAAAAAAGGAGUUGACAAGAUUUUGAAUAGGAUACUGAAGAAUAAUUGUAAAAAUAUAAAUUAUUAUAUUAUUUUGAGGAAAAUAUGCUCCAAAAAUGAAAUAGAGAGACAUAGUCAUCUUGAUUUUCAAAUAGCAAAAGAAAAUGUCUUAAAAAUGGUAAUUUUAGUUUUAGAAAAACUAAUACCACAAGAGGCUUACGGCAGCAAAAGAAAUAAAUCAGUCAUCUUCUCAAAGAUUCCGUUAUUGCUAUCAUUGCCACUAAAUGGUAGCUUGCCAGCAGAAACAAUUUUUGAAAACGUAAGAUCAAGGAAUCUGUACUGGCUCACAGGAAAGCAACAUGACUUCUCAUUGAAAACCCACUUGCGCACAUGUAUGAUGUUCAAACAGUUUUUAUUGUGGCUCUUUAGAAAUCUUAUACCAAGAAUUAUAAUAAGAUUCUUCUAUUGCACUGAAGUUUCUUCAAGCUUAAAUAUCAUUUAUUUUACACACGAUCAAUGGAAGAAGUUGACUAGACCUUUUUUAGAUCAAUAUAUGCAAAGAUACUUGAAAGAAAAUACACUUUGCAGGAACCAUAGUAGUUAUAUUUUCUCUCAUUAUAACCACAGCAGACUUCGAAUUGUUCCUAAAAAAGCCAAGGGUGAAUUCCGCAUAAUAGCAGUUCAAACAAAAGGAUCGGAUUAUGAAGAGCAUACAAAAUAUAAGGCCAAUCACAAAAACUUUGUUCUUCCAGUACAGCAAGUUUUACAAUAUCUGAGAAAUAAAAGAAAGACCAUGUUUCCAAAAGUUUAUUCCUCUUCCCAAAUACCAACUUACAUUUCAAGCUUCAAAAAAACGCUUUUGCUAAAAUAUAAAACUGUACCAAUGCUUUAUUUUAUAAAGUUUGACAUUGCUUCCUGUUACGAUUCAAUUUUAAGAAAAAAAUUAAUUUCCAUUCUGCAACGUCUUAUGAAGCAUGAGAAUGGUUUUUUCAUUCGGUCUUGUACAGUGUGUAACAUUAAAUCAAAGUCUCUGAGGACAAAUUAUUACGUGAAUGAAGCUCCCAGACUUGGUAAGGACGAAAUAUAUGUAGAUAAUAUUUGGACUAGGUAUCUCAGUUGUGAUGAUAUAUUCAACAUUCUUCAAACAGAGCUUCUGAAUACUGCGCUUUGGUAUGGUGAUAAAUGCUAUCUGAGAAAAGAUGGCCUUUCUCAAGGUGCAAGUUUAUCUGCACUACUAGUAGAUAUUUUCUAUGACGAUUUAUUGGAAAAUUAUGAGGCCUUCAAAACGAAAUCUGGCCAAGAAACAUUGAUAUUGAAACUGGCUGAUGAUUUUCUUGUUAUUUCUACCGACAGAUAUCAAAUUGCUGAUAUCAACGCCCUUUCAUUAAUUGGAUUUGAGGAAUAUAAUGCACAUACUAAGGCAGAAAAAAAUAUGACGUCUGAUUCCUCUUCACAAGAAAUUGCUACCAUACAAUUCUGUGCCCUUCACAUAUCUAUUAAAUCAUUAGAAGUCUGGAAGCAUCUAGACUAUCUAAAUGUCACUGUGAUAAAUUCAAAGUCUACGGCGAAAAUUUUUGCGCAGCUGCAAACUAUAUUCGAGAUGAGAUUGAGCUUCAAUACUUUGAGCGAUGAAAUCAAUUCUGCAGAAACAAUUCUUUUACAAAUAACCCACAUUUCGCGCAAUAUAGCGGAGAUUUUUCUGACAUCAUUCAAAGAAAGAAUGCCUAAUUUAGGGACGUUUAACAAAUUUCUUGAAUCUCUAAUAGCAUCUGUCGUAACUCAUUCAAAGAUAUCAGAUAAUCGAGACAUAUUUGAAGAUAAUGCACGUUUUAUUAUUACUUCUACAUUUUUCAAAACUCUGUUAACAUCACCUUCAUCCAGUAAAAACAUGAUCACUCAUUUGGGAGGGCAUUUGGAAUUAGGGCUUGAAUGGAACCCCACAAAGAUUGUAAAAAAUGAUGAAACAUAA